AUGCGCAGCGCUGGCGCGUGUGUGGCGCUGUGGCUGGCGCCAGCCUGCCUGCUGGCCGCGCGACCCGACGCUCGCCUCGACGCCGUGCGACGCCUGCUGGCCGACGCUCCGCUCGUCGACGGACACAACGACCUUCCGUGGAACAUCCGCAAGUUCCUGAAGAACCAGCUGCGCGACUUUCCCUUCCACGAGGACCUGCGCGCGGUGCCUCCCUGGUCCCACAGCGCCUGGUCGCACACCGACCUGCCGCGCCUCCGCCAGGGGAUGGUCGCAGCCCAGUUCUGGUCGGCCUACGUGCCCUGCUCGGCGCAGCACUUGGACGCCGUGACGCUCGUGUUGGAACAGGUGGACGUCAUCCGCAGGCUGGUGGAGCGCUACCCCAGGGACCUGGCCCUCGUCACCAGCGCCAGAGGCAUAGAGGAGGCGCACUCGGCGGGCGUGCUGGCGUGCCUGGUGGGGGUGGAGGGGGGCCACGCCCUGGGCAGCAGCCUGGCCGUGCUGCGCGGCCUGCACGCGCUCGGCGCGCGCUACCUCACGCUCACGCACGCCUGCAACACGCCUUGGGCAGACUGCUCCAUAGUUGACGAGCCUGGGAGGAUACCAAUCCUGGGAGGCCUCUCGAGCUUUGGGAAGCUGGUGGUGCGCGAGAUGAACCGCCUGGGCGUCAUGGUGGACGUGUCGCACGCGUCGGUGCCCACCAUGUUGGACGCGCUGCGGACCAGCCGCGCGCCCGUCAUCUUCUCGCACUCGGCCGCGCAUGCGCUCUGCAACAGCUCGCGCAACGUGCCCGACCACGUGCUCAGACUGCUGGCAGCCAACGGAGGAAUCGUGAUGGUUGCCUUCUACCCACAUUUCGUCAGCUGCAGCGAAUCUGCAUCGCUCCAGGAUGUUGCAGCGCACAUCGAGCACAUUCGGUCGGUGGCGGGGAUCGACCACGUGGGCCUCGGAGCUGGCUACGAUGGAAUCAACAUCACGCCGCUGGGCCUAGAGGACUCGUCGCGCUACCCGCACCUGCUGGCCGAGCUGAUGGCGCGUGGCGGCUGGACCGAGGCAGACCUGCAGAAGCUGGCCGGCAGGAACCUCAUCAGGGUCUUCCGGGAGGCCGAGCGGGUUCGCGACCAGAUGGCGGCAUCGGGCGUGCAGCCGCUGGACGAGCGCAUCCCCGAAGAGGACGUGCGGGGCAGGACGUACUGCCGCAUGCCGGACGCCGCCCCCACCGGCUGCGAGUUGCGUCGUGGCGCUCGGGAUCUGCCGUACGGCUAG